AGGCAGCCGGAUAAUAGAUAAACCAGAUAAGCACCCUACCGAAUUUCACAGGGGUUUCCCUUGGACUUCCGAUUGCCGAUCGAGAAUUCUUGACGGGCGUGUGCGUGAGAGUGUUUAUGCAUCAAAUGUGUGUGUGACCAGUGUGUACAUGUGCGAGUAAAAAACCCAAGCAUAUAUAAUUAAUCAUUCGAGGAGUGUGACUCUAAUGCUGUAAAUUCGCCAGAUUGAUGGCCGGACAUGACUCUGGGUCGCGUUUUCCGCGAUGUUUGCCACACAAAUCCUGUCCUCCUGAGCAUCCUUGAAUCGCCAUCGCCAUCGCCAUUGCCAUUGCCGCAUUCCGAUUCGCAGUGUAUUAGCAGAAUGCUGCAUUGCCGUUGUGGGGCAAUUUAUUGCCGUACCCGUAACUGAGUAUCUCUCGCUGAACAGAGGAAGCCUCCGCCGCCACACCCUUUCGCCCAGGACCUCUAAUCAUCGCCCUUUCUGCCCAAUGACAAAUGCAAUGCGGGCAAUUGCUGCCCUGGCAGCCGGAGUGGUUUCAGUGGUGGUCACCGCCAGCAGCACCACCAGCCCCCUUAGCACCACCACCUCAUCCGCCGCCACCGGGAGCAGCACCACCCUCAUCAGCGGGAGCGGUGGCAACAGUAGCAACACUGGAUUCUCCACAAAUUCCACGCUGCUGGACGCCGAUCACCUGCCGCUGCAGCUGACGACCGCCAAGGUGGACCUGGACAUUGAAAUCGACAUCCAACUGCUGACAAAUGGCUACGAUGGCACAACGUUGACAUCGUUCUACAAUGAGACCAGCUGGACAAAUGCCUCUGAAAUGGAUACAAUAGUUGGUGAGGAACCGGAGCCGCUGUCACUUGUGUCAAUUGUAGUUGUUGGAAUCUUCCUAUCGGUGCUGAUAUUCCUCUCGGUGGCCGGAAACAUCCUGGUCUGCCUGGCCAUCUACACGGAGCGCAGUCUGCGCCGCAUCGGCAACCUGUUCCUGGCCUCCCUGGCCAUUGCGGACCUCUUCGUGGCCUCGCUGGUGAUGACCUUCGCCGGUGUCAACGAUCUGCUGGGAUAUUGGAUCUUUGGAGCGCAAUUUUGUGAUACUUGGGUGGCCUUUGAUGUCAUGUGCUCGACGGCGUCAAUUCUGAACCUGUGCGCCAUCUCGAUGGACCGCUACAUUCACAUCAAGGAUCCGCUCAGAUACGGCCGCUGGGUGACACGACGCGUGGCUGUCAUCACCAUCGCCGCCAUUUGGCUGCUGGCCGCCUUCGUCUCGUUUGUGCCCAUCUCGCUGGGCAUCCAUCGGCCCGACCAGCCGCUGAUUUUCGAGGACAAUGGCAAAAAGUACCCCACAUGCGCCCUGGACCUCACGCCCACCUACGCCGUCGUAUCGAGCUGUAUCAGUUUCUACUUCCCCUGCGUGGUCAUGAUUGGCAUCUACUGUCGAUUAUACUGCUAUGCCCAGAAGCACGUGAAGUCCAUCAAGGCGGUGACCCGGCCCGGCGAGGUGGCCGAGAAGCAGCGCUACAAGAGCAUCCGGCGCCCCAAGAACCAGCCCAAGAAGUUCAAGGUGCGCAACCUGCACACCCACAGCUCGCCCUACCACGUGUCCGACCACAAGGCCGCCGUGACGGUGGGCGUGAUCAUGGGCGUGUUCCUCAUCUGCUGGGUGCCCUUCUUCUGCGUGAACAUCACGGCCGCCUUCUGCAAGACCUGCAUCGGGGGCCAGACCUUCAAGAUCCUCACCUGGCUGGGCUACUCGAACUCGGCCUUCAACCCGAUCAUCUACUCGAUCUUCAACAAGGAGUUCCGCGACGCCUUCAAGCGCAUCCUGACCAUGAGGAACCCCUGGUGCUGCGCCCAGGAUGUGGGCAACAUCCAUCCGCGGAACAGCGACCGCUUCAUCACGGACUACGCCGCCAAGAAUGUGGUGGUGAUGAACUCGGGUCGCUCCAGCGCCGAACUGGAGCAGGUGUCUGCGAUUUGACCAAAAGGCUGUCGCUGCUGUCUCAAUCUCUCCGCCGGCGGUGGUGGAGCAGCCACUUGGCUGCCCUGCGGAUGCGGUGGCCUCCGGGUGGACGACGACGACGAUGGGGCGCUGACCA